AUGAAGGUCAAAAUCAAAAAGUGGGCUGCCGUCGCGACGUGGCGAUGGGACAUUCCCGAUGACGAUGUCUGUGGUAUCUGCCAGAUACACUUUGACGGGUGUUGUCCUUCGUGCAGGUUUCCAGGAGACGACUGUCCCCUAUUGUCUGGAAAGUGUGGUCACAACUUCCACCAGCACUGCAUCGUCCAGUGGAUCAAGCAGGACUCUGCGAGGGGCCAGUGUCCCAUGUGCCGCCAG